AUGUACUCCGUAGUCACAAUCUUCGGCUUCAUCACCCUAGCGGCUGCUCGACCGCUCGGUGAACAAGUAUCGUCGAACUUCAGUCACCUCGACGUCUCCUAUCACUCCCCGGACGCCAGGAUGCAUGGUGAUGGAAAAGUUGUACACAUUGACGUUAGUGAAAGCAUCGAUCCUCACAAAACCACGAUGAAAUUCAAUCGUACUUUUGCCGGAGCACAUUUUGCUACUGCCCACAAACUUCUACACCGCCCAACAACAACAACAAUUUCGACCACCUCACGAUAUUGUGACAAUUCAACAGAGGACCAGACAUCACCCCCAACGACGUUCACUCCCAUCCAAACAACCACCAUCGAACCAGAGCGCAAUGUAUCAAAACCUGAAAACGCCACUGUCGUCAUACAACAACUUAUGGAGCAGAACCGUAGAUUAAUGGAUUAUAUCUCCAGACUUAAAAUGAAUCAAACAUCCACACCCGAUCAAAAUUAAUAAUUUGUUCACCUCCCCUAUACUGUAG